AGGUGUUCGGCUUCACGCGUGUAUGGAGUGGCGCGGGCUAGCCGCGUGAUGUGCGGGAGCGCGCGCGUAGCCGGCGGCGCGCCUCCCCGCGCCUACCUCGGGCCCCGCGCGUAAUGCGCGCGGAGCAUGCCGCGCUCUACGCGUGGCUACUCUGCUACGCUGCUGCUCUCUCGACCCAUAAGUAUAGCACUAGGGUUAUACGUACCAAAUACGGUCCUCUGAGGGGAAUUGUGGUACACUCGCAUCCGCAAGUUGAAGCUUACCUAGGGGUACCCUACGCGACCCCACCACUCGGAAGUCUAAGAUACAUGCCGCCUGUGACGCCAUCGCAGUGGCGUACGACGCGCCUGGCAGACGCCGCGGGACCAGCAUGUCCUCAAGUGCCUCCAGCCGCCGCGCCACGUGACGAGGCACUGCUGGUUCACCCUCGGGCCCGUAUUCGACAGCUCGAAAGACUGCUACCCAUGCUUGUCAAUCAAAGCGAAGACUGUCUUUACGUUAACCUCUACGUACCUGUGAUAGGUAUAGAAGAAAUGAGUGAAGGCUCCAGCCUCCCUUGUCUUGUAUUUGUUCAUGGCGAGUCGUAUGAGUGGAGCUCCGGCAAUGCUUAUGACGGCACUACUCUCGCGGCGAACGGGAACAUCAUUGUAGUUACAAUUAACUUUAGAUUGGGGGUAUUAGGUUUUCUCAAGACUGGAGCUAAAGGUUCGGCGCAAGGUAAUUUUGGGCUAAUGGACCUAGUAGCGGGAUUACAUUGGUUGCGGGAAAAUCUUCCAGCAUUUGGCGGAAAUCCCGAACAGGUCACAUUAAUGGGACAUGGUACUGGUGCAGCACUCGCCAAUUUUCUUGCUGUGUCACCGGUUGCUAGAGAACUACUGAAGCGCGUCAUCUUGUUAAGCGGGUCGGGGCUUAGUUCAUGGGCGUUACAGAGGGAACCUCUCACGAUAAAAAGAAAGGUUGCAGAGCAGACUGGCUGCCACGGGGAUUUGUUAGAGGAUGACCUGGCACCGUGCCUACGUAACAAACCGCUCUCUGAACUUCUUGCAGUAAGACUGGAUCCGCCACGUUUCCUACCUGGAUUCGCUCCAUUUGUUGAUGGCACUGUUAUUGUAUUUCCAUCCUCGGCUCCUCCACCGUCGGAUAGCUCUCGUUUAGGAGCAGGGGCGGCCGCUGUGGCAAACGCCGCAGGACACGAGCUAGCUGACUUCCCUCAUAGAGAAUUAAUGUUUGGACUCACAACAACAGAGUCUUACUUGGAAUUCAAUGCUCAAGACUUAGAGUUUGGCUUCAACGAAAGCCGACGGGACCGCAUUCUGCGCACCUUCGUCCGCAACGCCUACUACUACCACCUCAAUGAGAUUUAUUCCACCCUAAAGAACGAGUACACGGACUGGGACAAACCCAUCCAGAAUCCGCUUAGUGUGCGAGACGCAACACUCGAGGUACUGAGCGAUGGAAGAACGGCCGCUCCUUUGAUCAGACUCGGAUAUCUUCAUGCUCUGCGUGGCGGUGUUACAUAUUUCACGCAUUUCCAUCAUCUGUCCCAAGAUAAAGACUACCCUCAGCGACCUGGAUCUGUCCACGGCGAGGACUUGCCGUACUUUCUUGGACUUCCAUUAUCUCUAACGCAUCAUCAGCAGAAUUUCACGCCAGUCGAACAAAGGGUCUCCAAACUUUGUAUGCACUACCUAGCAAAUUUUGUCAAAUAUGGCAAUCCAAACGAUCCGUCUGCUACGCCUCCACCCAGUCCAGUAUUGGGGGAAACUCCCCAUCUAGAAGCAGACCAGACUCCCUACUGGGAUACCUAUGAUACCAUUAACCAACUUUACAUGGAAAUAAGUAGCAAGUCUGAGAUGAAGAGUCACUACCGUGGGCACAAAAUGUCGCUUUGGUUAUCCCUUAUUCCACAAUUGCAUCGCCCUGGAUCUGAAUUACCUGAUGCAGCUAUGAGGCAUCAUCAUUUUCAAGAUGAUAAUGCAAAUUAUUAUGAAGGAGCUGUAAGAACUCAAUCAUUAGCACGAGCGCAUGUACCACAUGUUGUGGAUAUUGAUAACGGAAAUGUUCGAGGAGAUUCAGGUCGAAGUACCCUUCCUCCCCGUGCUUCAGCAAAACCCUCACCAGCACCUCCUGUUCUUUCAACUGAAUGUCCACCAAACACAACAACUACACCAGUUCAAUCUGACGAUGCCUUACUUCGUCGACUAGCUUCAUCGCACUACCAAUCUUAUACUGCUGCGUUGACGGUUACAAUUGCCGUUGGUUGCUUCUUGUUACUUCUUAACGUUCUCAUUUUUGCUGGUAUUUAUCAUCAAAGAGGAUCCCGGCCUCGGCGCUGCAAAGAUGACUUAGCCGAGGCCGGGAGUUCCUCAUCCUCUGAUAAUUAUGACGGAAAAUUGGACUACGAAGUUCGCGCAUUCGACGGCAAAGGAUUUGGCUUUGAGUGUAAAUCCGCUCAUGUCCCACGUGGGUCGGGCUCUAAGUUUGAUUUGAGAACUUUGUCGGACUGUGGAGAGCCAACAUUUGGAGAGUACAGUUGCUACGAAGAAAAACAUAGAGCUGCCCGAAGCUCUUUGCCUGAUGUCAGCGUUGGCAGCGCAAUUGAAGCAGGUAGUGUUGUUUGUAUUGAUACUCAGAAACCAGACAUACAAAGAGUAGAAGGACGUACUUCGGAACCCGUUGGAAGAACAAGUACUUUUGAACCUCGUGUAGUAGAUAGUUCUACUCAAGUGAAGUUUGGUCCCAUAGAUAAUUCCUUGAACACAUCUGAUAUAAAUGAGGAUUCCGAAACGGGGGCUGUCGGAGGUUCAGGUAUUUUAAGAGUCCCUCCUGCUGCAACAGUGCCCGCGCCUCCUGGCAUUAUGAAAAAAAGAGUUCAAAUACAAGAAAUAUCUGUAUGAGAUUUGCGAAACUCGGAUAAUAUAGAGGUUGUGGUGAAUACACGAACAAAGUUGUGAGUUUUUAAUAGUUGUAAAUAAAUAUUGCCAUAUUAUCAAUCCAUAAUAAUACUUAUAAACAUGUACAUACUGUAUACAAAAAAUAAUGUUCGUAAAAAGGGUGUGAAUUCUUACAUACAUAUGUUAAAUAUGGUUGUAAAUAUGUAGGUAAAUAAAUAUGUCAGCAUUUUUCACAAAGUCGUCUUGAGAUUGUAACAAUAAUUUUAGGAGUUAAGACUAAAUUAUAGCAUUGCGAUGAAUUUCUUGGUUGGGAAAAAUCACCCAGGAUACUAAUAACCACAAUUAAUUGGCAAAAUUGUGUCUUAUCUCUUAUGAAUUAUUUUACGAUUCAUAUAAAGAUGAUAAUCGGAAGAAUCGUAGAUUGUAUCGGAAGUCUGGUCAUAUAUUAAUGUAUGUGAAUAUAACAAUAACAUAGUGUGAAAAGACUUAACAAAUAUUAGGUGUAUUAUAAUUAAAUAAAGUGUUUCAGGUGACGUAAGAUAAAUGACAUUGGGUGAGUUGCAAUCGUUUGUAAAGUUUUAAAAAUUUUUUAUUUGUUAUUUCUGUGUAGUUUUUGAUAUAUUAAGUAAAAUACAGUAAAUUACAAUGACGUGGGACGAGUACUAGUGCGUCACAGCUUUAACCUCUUUAUGAUUUCAAUGUUAAAUUCUGUUAAAUUUUUGAGGUAGACAGGGUAAAUAUCUGCGUGUCAGUCAUUCCUAUUUAUUUGAUAUAAGUUUAUGUAACAAAAUAAAUAUACACGUCCCUGUUUAAUAUCAACUAUAAAUAAAUUCAACGGGGAAUAUGAAUGAAUGUUUAAAGUACUAAUUGCUAUUAUCAUCUUUUAUUUAAGUUCACUUAUAUAUUAUAACAGUAAUAAAAUAUAAAAGCUAUUAAAAAAACUAUCCAUUAAAUAAUUUUUCAGUUAGUUUGUCUUAGCAAAACUUAAGGCUCAACCUAUUUUAGGAAAUAAGGUGGAUAAAAUAAACUUUUCAACUAAAAGUCAAAGUAAAGCGUCGAAACAUAAUUAAUACUUUUUAUUUUAUCAAAUAUAUAACUCAAUUACAACCGCUGUAAUAAAAACAAGUAAUUAAUUAAAAAAAAAAACAAAUAUUGGAAUUAUUGGAAUCCUUAGGUUGUGUUAGCUAUAAUAUAAUAGUAGUACUAAAAAUAUUUACGCAGUUUUUAUACGCAAACCAUGAGGUUCCGUAAAUAGUUGGAUUAUUUUUUUUAAACUUAAAUUCAUGCAUAUUCCCUUCUUCAUUCAAACUUUUACAACUGUUAUAAGUUUGCUAACAUAAAAAAAAAAAGUGUGCUCGUCCAAAUUAUCUUCCCAGGAAUUGACGAUUAAAAUAAUGGAAAUUGAAUAAGUGUAGUAAAUGCAUUGUUAGCCACGUUGUGACAAAAUGUGAAAUAUAAAGUUGAUUGAUAAAAUCUUUUACUGUUUUUAAAAAAAUAAAAUUUUAUUUCGAUGGUUUGUGGAAUUGAUUAAAAUAAUAUGUUAUUUGCAUUUAUCAUAUUGCUAUGACUGUUUAGAAUAUAACUUUAUAUUAACGUUACUAACAAUUUUUACCUUUGCAACAACUUCAUUAAAAUAGUUUUGAAAUGUAAAUCUAUGCAAGGAGUGGAUCGGACAAGUUUCCUUAAAGGAAUUGUAUAUCGUUUCGUUGUUAUUACCAUGUCUUACUUAAAUUACAAUUAUUUGUAUUAUUGUUAUAUAUAAUUGUUUAAAGCAAUUUAAAAAUAUAACGUAUAAAUUCGUGUU